AUGGUCCUCAAAAGAGCCUGGGCCCCCAACCCUGUGCAAUCUGACCUCUCGAAUCUCUCGAACCUCCCUUCUGACAUGGAGCACACACUUCGUUGCAAUGCACUCAAGUGUCGCAAAGAGCUGGGCGACCGCGCCCUUGUGACCACAUGCAGUCACAUCUUCUGCCCCGACUGUGCCACUCGCCUCGGCUUGAAUGGCCAGAGGCACGAGCAUCGCAACGCGUGUCCAGCAUGCGGCACUCACUUGAGCAACCCCGACGACGCUGUCAUCACCAACCUCAACCCGAGCGAAGACUACAAGACAAGCGUGCUCAGCGGGCUCAGCCCGAACGUCAUUAUGGAAUGCGCCACCCGAGCACUGAGCUUCUGGGCAUACCAGACUACCCAAGAGGUCAUCUAUCAAGAGUACAUGGGCAAGACACUGACCGACAAGUACUCGAACCUGAGCGUCCAUCUAGACAAGGUCAUCAACGACGCCAAUGCUGAGAUCACCAACUUGCACAACAAACUGUCCGGGAUGAAGGUGGACCACGAUGCCCUUCGAAAGAAGAACGACGAACUUGCACAGGCCUUCAAGGACAAGAACCGAAAACUGCUUCAGACCCAAGAACUGUACGACAAGCUCAAGAGGAAGGCCAUGAUGGGCCAAAUCCAAGACGCUGCUGAAGACGCCGUGGACUCGAGUCUUCAAGGUACGUCGAUGAGCGCACCCACCCCAGCAGACGGAUAUCCGAACACGAGUGACUUUCGAGAACAUGCCAUGUCGUAUGGGCAACAUCGUCCGGCACUCUACGCGCAGCAGCAGCAACAGACAGCAGCAUAUAAUCAUCAGCCAACAAUGCAGUCUCAUCUGGGCGCGUGGCCUAAGACGGUAGGCGCACAAUCGAGUUGGCGAUCCAAUUGGCAUUGGACUAUCAACUAUCCCCGGCCUUGUAUCAGGAACGCACAGAUCUCCAACAAGUCAAACGAACUCGCGUGCGACGCUGGGUGA